UCAGGCCAAGGAAGCGAGCCGGCAUCGCUCGAUCUGAGCUUUCCUGUGCUGCGACCUCAAGCUACAUCGAGUCCCCUCCCAGUCGUCGGUGAAAUGACCCCCGAAGAGGGAAUUUUGGCCAUGGGCGCGCAACAGGAUCAGAGCCUGACUCUGACCAAGAGCCUCAGCCCAAGUCAGGCUCCUCAGGCACCCGCCGACGUGGAGUCAUUCACCGGUCGAAUUGUCUACAAUCCGGACGGGUCGGCGUUCAUCAUCGACUCGGAGACUUCGGACGACUCGACAUCGUUACCUGUACCCCCUCAAGAGGGUGCGAUCGUUGACGGUCGGGGCCUGACGCCACCCCGAGGCUCGGAGCCGUCGAUCCCCCAGGUCGUCAACGCGUUCCACAUUCAGAAAGCCGACUGUGACGGCAGUCCCAAAGCACUGAGCAACACACCUCUGGUGCACAGUUAUAGAGUUUUCAGCGUGAGGGCUCGCAACGGAAAAACGCGUCUCGUUCAACAGCAAGAUCACCAGGAGCCGAGUGAGAGUCUGUCCCAGUUUAUCCAAGACAGUCAUUCACCGGCGAGACCGAUUUUAAUGUGUUUUCUGUGUAAACUCUCCUUCGGCUUCUCAAAGUCGUUCGUGAGCCACGCGACCGGACAACACGGUUUGUCGUUGGGCGAAGACGAAUCCUCCCAGUUAGAGCGACGAGCUGUGUCCGCCAUCAUCCAAGGGGUAGGAAGGGAGAAGGAGCCCGUCUUGUCUUUUCUUGAGCCCCUGCGACCAACGAGCUACCGCAACAACCCAUCGUCCACGUCAACGUCGUCCGGAAACCGUGCUCCGGAGAGGAGCCAAUCAGACUCUCAUGUAAAUAAUUCCAGCCACUGUGAUAUUCAAACUUCAAAAACACCUGCAGCAGCAGCAGCAGCAACCACAACAGCAGGUGUACCAUCUACAACUCCACCACCAUUACCAGCUACAGCAGCAGCAAUAGCGAAAACGUCACCUACGAUUCCUGCGUCGUCGUCGUCGUUGUCAACUUCUACUCCCUCGUCGUCAUUGUGUCAUCAGUCCUCGUCGUUGUCGCAUCCAUCUGCAAUGAGCCCACCUAGCAGCAUAGAACAAGCGUAUUCAACCAGCCAAAGUCAACACGACGCUUCAAGAACGUCGAGUCCUCUAUCUCUUAAUUUGUCAACUCGCCGAAGCCAUUCCCCGAGUCCUCCGAGCGGAUCGCCGGCACCUAGCAAGGAACUCGAGGAGUUGGCCAACAUCGAGCGGGUCGCUCGGAUGGCGCAGAUGGCCGAGCAGCAGCAGCAACAACAGCAACACGUCAGCAAGCGGGACGUCGAAUCUCCAAACCAUCGGCCGACGUCUGCCGGUUCGACGGCGUCUUCUCCCGGCGCCACCGCACCCAAGUCGUUGAUAGCCAGCGCGCAAGCUCAAGCUUUAUUCAGUGCGAUAAUGCAACAGCAGCUCGGACUACAGUCCGUCUGUCCGCAGCAUCCCGAUGGCAAACCGUCGGGCAGUGAGUGCAGCAAAUGCGAUGCUCGAGCCGCCCAGCUAGGUGCACAAGUACAGAGUCAGCUGCAGAGCAUCCAACAGAAUUUGCAACAGUCCCAGCUGCAAGCGCAGAUUUCCCAGUUGAAUCAACUGAAUCAGUUGGCAAUAGGACAGCUGCCUAUGGGCCAGAUCAGUCAGCAGCUGCAGUCCUCCAGUCCGGCUCCGUCGCCCCAGGUAAUGCACUCCAGGAACUCGUGCAAGACGCUCAAGUGUCCGAAGUGCAACUGGCAUUACAAGUAUCAGGAGACGUUGGAGAUUCACAUGAAAGAAAAGCACCCCGAGAACGACAUGAGCUGCGUCUACUGCCUUACGAAUCAGCCCCAUCCGCGACUCGCGCGAGGGGAGACCUAUACCUGCGGAUACAAACCCUAUCGAUGUGAUGUGUGCAACUACAGCACAACUACGAAAGGGAACCUCUCAAUCCACAUGCAAUCAGACAAGCACAUCAACAACAUGCAGGAACUCCAGAAUGGCCAGUUGCAAGCGGUGGGCGGAGGUGGCCCAGCUGCGCCGUUUGCUCCGAUGCACUUCCCCGCACCUCUCAAGGCCCCCGAACCUGAACGACCGAAACAGGCCAGUCCUAAGCCCAAAACCCCGUUUCGCUGCGAUAUUUGCAACUACGAUACGAACGUGGCUCGGAAUCUACGGAUACACAUGACAUCUGAAAAGCACACUCACAAUCAAGCCGUGCGCGAUCAGAACAGAAAGAGCUACGAAGCCCUCCAGGCAUUGGGCGGGGGUGGUGGCAGCGCCGGAAACCAGUCGGGUCUCGACCAGGCGCUGGGGGCUUUAGGGCAGAACCCCCUGUUGGGUCUGCACCCAGCGUUUCUUCAGCAGCUGCAGCAAGCGUCGAAUGCACAGGACGUCGGUGCGGGUCAAUCGCCAGAGGUACAGUUGGCUGACUUCGCAUACAACCAGGCACUUCUCGUCUACGCGCAUCAUCAUCAACAGCAGCAGCAGCAGCAGCAACAACAGCAGCAGCAGCAGCAGCAGCAACAACAAAAGCAACAACAACAGCAGCUACAGAAUCAUCACCAUCAUCAAAGCACCCCGCAAACGGUUCACAAAAACAAUAAUCCCACGCUGGACAUGGAACAUCCCGAUCCUACCCUUAGGUGCGACGUGUCUUGCGACGAAACCUCGCGAAUAUAUCAGUGCUGCGUUUGCUGUGUGUUUUCAGUGGAUAGUGUGGAGGCUCUGGGAGCCCAUUUCCAAAUGGACAGAUCGAGAACCAGAGAGGACGAGGUUCUGGUGGCAGUCGCCGGCAGCUACAUCUGCAAGCUCUGCACGUAUAAGACGAACCUCCGAGCCAAUUUCCAGCUCCACUGUAAAACGGACAAGCAUCUGCAGCGCCUUCAACAAGUCAACCACGUCAAAGAGGGCGGUCAACGGAACGAGUGGAAGCUCAAGUACGUCAACAUGUCGAACCCGGUUCAGGUGCGCUGCAACGCCUGUGAUUACUACACCAACUCUGUGCACAAGCUCCAGCUGCAUGCGGCCAAUCCGCGACAUCAAAUCUGCCAGAGGCUCUUCCAGCAUUUGGUGCAACUGGAGUCAGCUCAUCCGCCUCAGGCUCAGCAGCAACAUCUCCUGCUGUACAGCUGCAAGCCUUGUGAGUUCAACACUGCCAAGAGGUCCCAACUCAUCGAGCACUUCGGUGGAACCGACCACGUGAGGAAGGUCCAGACCGAGAGCUUUGACAUCAGGGACAUGUUUCAAGUCACUGUCAAGGAUCACGGUGCCGAUUUGAGCUGUUCCUCGAAAGCCGCGGAAUCACGACAUGUGUGUAGUUUGUGCAGCUUCACCUGUGAGUCUGACGAAGCUUUCCGAGAACACUUGGCGUCCCAUCCCGAACUCAAGGACCGAGCGAAGUCAGAAGAAAGCAAGGCCGACACCGACAAAGACUCGGGCAACGAUUCCGAGUUGAGUCGCAAGAAAGACCUUGACACCUCUGGCAGCAGCUCGGGUUGCGUGCAAUGUCCGCUGUGCCAGGACGAGUUCCCGGAUCUUGAGAUGAUUGGCCAGCAUCUGCUGGCGGUGCACAACGUCACCAAAGAGGGUCUACAGAGACUGCUUGCGAUCGUGCAGGCCACCGGAGAGGCGCGUCCGUCGUCGAAGCGGACCCGUCUCGACUCCGGCACCGAAACCGAGGGUCCGGACGAGAAGCAGGACACCGACACCGAGCGCUCCGAUAACAAUAAGGAAGACUCCGAUGACAGGGCAGAGCCGGAAGAUCUGAUCUGCAAGAAGUGCGGGGAGCAAUUCCAAAAUCUCGACAACGUUCUCAACCACCUGCAAGACAUGCCGGAGCAUUUUGAAGAGGCCGGCUCGUUCCAAUGCUGGAAAGCCGGCUGUGAGGCAUCGUUCGGGGCUGUGCCAGAUCUCAGAAACCACUUCAAAAGUCAUUUUAUCACCCUUACGUCCGAUCUCACCGUCUCUGAGAGACACGUCUACAAAUAUCGCUGUAACCAGUGUUCUCUAGCGUUCAAGACGAUGGAGAAGCUCCAGCUGCACUCGCAGUAUCACGCCAUCCGGCAGGCGACCAGCUGUGUGAUUUGUGGGAGAAAUUUCAGAUCGGUGCAAGCGGUUCAAAAGCACGUCGAGAGCUCCCAUUCGAACAUGACGCUCGACGAACGGGACAAAUAUCAGGAUUAUCUCGCCAAGAAUCCUUUCCUCCUCAACAAAGAAAGUGGAUCCGGGGUUCUGGACCCAGUGCUCAACGAGAUGCUCAAGAAAGAAAGCCUCCGUGACGCGGUCGUUGCUAACGCCAGCGUUGCGGCGGCAUCGGACCACGAAAACAAUCAGCUGGGCGAGUUCGGCGAUGACGGUGACGAGGCCGAUGGCAAGCAGAAAUUCAUCGAGGAUUACAUGAACUCUCCUCAGUUGGCCGAAGACGCCUACAACGAUCCCAAUCGGAAGUACAAGUGUCAUCGAUGCCGACUCGCCUUCACGAAACAGUCGUAUCUGCAGAAGCACAUCGAUAGUCCUGGCCAUCGCGCCAAGGCCGGUCAUCCUGUCAUCGACAAGUACAACGAUCCUUCUCGCCCCUACAAAUGCUCCCUCUGCAAGGAGAGCUUCACCCAGAACAACAUCCUGAUCGCUCACUACAAGUCGGUGAGCCACAUGCACAAACUCAAGCAGGACGUCCAAGACCCUUUCACUGGUGUUCCUCAAAUGAACAGUGUCCAAAACUCAGUUGGAGCCGGUCAUCUUGGCUCGAAAGACGGCGCUGGCACGCCGUCUGCGCCCGGGACGCCCACUGGUCAGAUUUCGCCUAGCAGAAGCUCUCCGUCGCCGGCCACUCUCGCUAACAACAACAACGUCGUCGUCAAUGAAGACAAGCCAUACAAGUGCAACCUUUGCAAAGUCAGUUACGGCCAGAACGCCACACUGGAAAUCCACAUUCGGUCCGUGCUCCAUCAGAGUCGGGCUGCGAAAAUGCAGGAGUUGAUCCUUCAGGGUCAGAUCGAUCUUCAGCUACCGAUAAUCGAACGACCCGACGAGCCAAUGGAUAUCGACCGAGAGCAGCAGCAGCAGCAGCAACAACUACAACAUCAGCAACAUGCGACCGUUGCUGAACAGUUGAAUUUGCAAAAGUUCCAGCAGCUAGCUCAGAACCUCCAGAACCUACAGAACCUUCAGAACCUCGCCCAAAAUAUGCAGGGCGGCGGAGGAGGGGCACACCAUGCGACCGACAAGGAGAGAGAGCUUCUACAGCAACUUCUGAGCCACAUGGGGCAAACCGGUGCGCAGACGUGCCAAGCCUGCAACCAAUCGUUUGCGAACGCCGACGCGUUGAAUCAGCAUCAGAUGUUCUGUCCGAUGACGAACGCGGCAGCGAUUCUCCAGAAGCAAGCUCAACAGCAUCAGCAGAACGCCGCGGUGCAACACCUAUUGUCAGCAUUGGCAAGCGGCGACAUGAGCCAACUGAAGCCACAAAACCUGCAGACUAUCAACCAGAACUUUCCAUCCAGCAAUCCAUCGUCGAGACGACCGCCAAUGUACAAGCAUCUGCUUGAAUCGUUCGGUUUCGACGUCGUCAUGCAGUACAACGAAUUCAAUCAGAAAGUCAAGAAAGAGACUCCCGAACCGAAACACACGCCCAAGCCGAACAAGGAUGAGGAUAAGAAGGAGCUGCUCCAGGAGCAGCUCAGGAACAGCUGCGACAGCAGCGACGACAACAACAAGAGCGGAAGCAACAACAACGAAAACAAUAAUAACAACAGCAGCAGCAACGACAACCAUGGGGUAGACGCUAACGAGGGGUCGACAGACGAACAGACAAUUAAAACAGACGUGAGCAGUAAAACGCCUUCCGAACUCCGCGACUCAGCGAAGGAUUCUGAAGCGAAACCGGCGGUUUCCGGGAAGCUCGUCGAUCUUCCCGAGCUGAACAGAUGCCGCUGCCCGGAGUGCGGCAAGGAAUUCUCGAGCGUUUGGGUAUUGAAGGCACACCGCGAGGAAGUUCACAAGGACAUGGUGCCUGUAGAGGUUGUGUCGAAAGUUGCAGAAAGGUUUAGGAACGAUUUCGAGAACAAAAACCCCACUCCAGGGUCCGGCAAUCCCUCUUCCGGAGCCGCCGGGAACCAGCAGUCGAGCAACAACCAACAACUAUCAGGCACUACGACGACGAACGGACCCACGGGCCCCAGCAACGCGAGCUCCGGCAUCAGCCUCGGCGGUUCCGGCGCCUCGACCUCCGCAACCUCUAAGAUCAAACAAGAGCCAGCUGACUCUCAUAAUCAGCCGCCACAGCAACCGUCGAAACACCACGAUGAAGGUCAGCCGGCGGCGCACAGACGUAGCAACGCGUCGUCUGCGGAAGCGCCGACCAAAUGCGGAAGUGCGGACUCGGCCCAGCCACAAGCGAAAAAGCCUUCAUUACCCAAAAGCGGACCGCAGAGCCAUGACAACGGCGGCAACCGAAGCGUCGAUCAGAGCGCGGAGAUCGCGCAGGCCCAGCUCCAGAUGCUUAUGCAGAUGGGUCUGAUGGGUCUGCCGCCCCAACUAGCGACGGCCCAAUCGUUGCAGCAGCAACUCAGUGGUCAACUGCCCCCCAUGCACCCGUUAUCCAUGAUGAUGAUGAAUCCCCUCAACCCCCUCCCACCUCCUAUGGAACCAAUUCUCGCCGCUGUUGCCCUCCAACACGCAUUGGUGACUGGCCAGGAUCCUGCCCUGUUGGCUGCUCAACAGAAGGCCAUCCAACAGCAGAUGGCCGCAGCCAGCGCCGCAGGUGCCGACCCUGCGAUGCUGGCCGCCCAGCAGAAGUUCUUCCACCAGCAGCUGAUGCAGUUCCAAUUGGCGGCUGCCGCAAACCAACAGGGCUGUGCUGCUCAGGGCGAGACCCAGGCCUCGCUGAAGCAGCAGCAGCAGCAGCAACAGCAGCUGUUCCAGCAGAUGUUGGGUCAAGUGGGCCAAGGCCCCGACCCUCUUGGUCACCAGAAGAUGCUGCAGCAGCAGCUCCUAGCCAGCCAGCAGCAACAGCAGCAGCAGCAGCAAGUCCAGCAGCAGCAAGCCCAGCAGCACUCGCAACAACAGCAACAGCAGCAGCAACAACAACAGCAACAACAGCAGCAGAAGCGAGCUCGCACGAGAAUCACCGACGAGCAGCUGAAGAUUCUUCGUGCUUACUUCGACAUCAACAACUCCCCGACCGAAGAGGCUCUCCUUGAGAUGUCGGAGAAAUCUGGACUUCCACUAAAGGUGAUCAAACACUGGUUCCGCAACACGCUAUUCAAGGAGCGCCAACGAAACAAGGACUCCCCCUACAACUUCAAUAAUCCCCCUUCAACCUACCUUAACCUCGAAGAGUACGAGAAGACCGGAGAGGCGAAAGUCAUUCCGAUUUCGGAAAUAUGUAAUUCUGGUUCAACUGAUAGCAAGCCGGCAGUGGUUGGAGGCAUCGCAUCGGUCUCCUCCUCGGCGUCGAUCGAAGACAAAAAGCCGACCCCGGUACCGUCGCCUGCGCUAAAACACCCCACACCUCAGGCAUCACCCGCGCCCACCACGGCGGCGGCUGCUGCGGCCGCGGCGGCCCAACAGCAAGCGGCCGCAAUGGCUCAACAGAUGAUCGUCAUGGCGAUGAUGAUGGGCGAUGGUGGGCCAGCCGGAUCAGCUGGCAGCAAAGAUCAGACCGAUGGGGUACAUGAGCUCUUUAAGAACCACGAGAGACUUUUGCAAGCAAAGCCCGAACUGCUUAACAACCCCGAACUGCUGCACGAGCAGCUGUUGAAGGAGGUGCAGGCGCAAACUCAGGCGGCGCUUGGCAGCACAGCUCCGGCGACAGCGCUCGGAAUUCCGUCCUUGAAUUUGGCGGCAGCUUCGCCCUCUGCGCCAACGCCGCCCAGCGGAAAGCGCGCCAACAGAACUCGCUUCACGGAUUAUCAGAUCAAGGUUUUGCAGGAAUUCUUCGAAUCCAAUGCCUAUCCGAAAGACGAUGAUUUGGAGUAUUUGUCGAAACUACUUAAUCUCAGUCCGCGCGUGAUCGUGGUGUGGUUUCAGAAUGCCAGGCAGAAGGCGAGGAAGGUCUACGAAAACCAACCGCAGACCGCCGAGGAUGAAAGCGGGAGAUUCCAAAGAACUCCCGGGCUAAAUUAUCAGUGCAAAAAGUGUCAACAAGUGUUCCAACGCUACUACGAGCUCAUCAAGCAUCAGAAGAACUCCUGCUUCAAGGACGAAAACCCCAUUGCUCUCCAGCUCAAAUCAGCUGCUCAGGAGCAAGCCUCCCAACCCGAUCGUCCUGAAAGCAGCAUUGGCAGUAGCCAAACCCCACCUGACACGCCAGAACCAUCGGGGACCCCUAAAAGCACGGCUUCGUCUGGUGCUAACCCUGGCUCGGAUCGCGGUUCGCUUCCGACUCUAGGAGCGCUUUCCGCCGCCCUGAGCGCUCAAGGUCUCUCAGCCGCCGGUGUCCCUGCCGCCGCCGCUGCUGCUGCCGCCGCUGCAGCCGGUGCGGCAGCCGGAAGUUUCCGCUGCGACAAGUGCCCCAUGGUGUUUCCACGCUUUGAGCUAUGGCGAGAACACCAAGUCAUACACAUCAUGAAUCCCAAUUUGUUUCCUGGAACACCGACCACCAACCCGAACAAAGCUCCGUCAUUGCCUGUGAAUCCUGGUCAGAACGCGUUGGCUUUUCCCGGCAUGAUGGAAGAUACCAGCAACGGUCAAUGGAAGCGAAAGCUAGAUUCGGCUAGCACGGACGAGGAGUGCUCUCCAAACAAAGAUGCCAGCGGAGACGGCUCUCCAAGGGACAAACGUCUGCGUACGACCAUCCUUCCGGAGCAACUCGACUUCCUCUAUCAGAAGUACCAGCAAGAGUCGAAUCCCAGUCGGAAGAUGCUGGAAUCUAUCGCGCGAGAUGUCGGGCUCAAGAAGCGAGUGGUGCAGGUUUGGUUCCAGAACACGAGGGCCCGAGAACGUAAAGGCCAGUUCAGAGCUCACCAACAAGCAAUCCACAAGCGAUGCCCCUUCUGUCGAGCAUUGUUCAAAGCCCGCAGCGCGUUGGAAUCGCAUCUCGCGACUCGGCACGCCGAUCUCUACUCCAAGGGAGAACUAAACAUCGACACAUUCCCGGAUGGCGACGCAGACAACUCCAAUCCUGACGACAACACUUCGAUGAUCGGCGAGGAGAACAAAAACAAUGUCGACGAGUUCAAGAGAUUCCUCGAGGAGAUCAGCGGUCCAACCGACCUGAGUGCCAAGAGGCAAGGUAUGACACUCUAAGCCAAAUUAUUUUGGCGUGCUUCAGGUGAGACACCUUUGGAUCUCAGCAGGCCCGAUGAGCCCCACGCGAAACCGCGAACGGGUCUGGCCCGCCCAGAGUCCGACUCCGAAGACACUCAGGACCAAAACGAUGUGAACAUGUCCGAGACCGGUUCGGUGGUGUACUAUGACCAGCAAACGUCCCCCGGUUCGUUCGAGGGGAGACUCAACAUUCCAGGCGGAGGUCAAGCGAAACGCUUCCGUACACAGAUGAGCUCGACUCAGCUUCGAGUGAUGAAGUCCAUAUUCCACGAUUACAAAACGCCCACGAUGGCCGAGUGCGAGAGUUUAGGCGCUCAGAUCGGCCUUCAGAAACGAGUUAUCCAGGUGUGGUUUCAAAACGCACGAGCCAAAGAAAAAAAAGCUAAAGCCGCCGCACUGAAACUAGGCCAAGUUCCGGAGCCGGAUCCUCCGAGACCGGAGUUCUGUGAAAUCUGCAAGGUUCGCUACGAGAGCUUCUCAAGUUCUCUACAGGACCACAUCUUUUCGAUUGGACACAUAAGCCUGCUGAAGAAACACAUCGAGUUCUCUAAGGACGACGAUCCCGUGCCGAACCCUCAGAGUCAGGGACUGUCCCUGACGACGGCCACAUCGCAACUCGGUGAGCAGAGUGCGUUCAGUUCUGAGCAUAGCCAGCUUGUGCAACAACUCCAGCUGCUCAACCAACUCAAUAUCCAGCAGCAGCAACAACAACAACAACAACAGCACCAUAAAGAAGCUCAGAACGAUAGUGGGAAUAUGAAAAACGUGGACAGCACAAAUAACAACCCCUCCGACGACUUCUCCCUGUUUACGGGAGCUCCCCCGAACCUCAACACGGGGCAGUUCUCGUUUUACGGGGGACAAACUCCGUCUGCUGCGCCUCUUUUCACCUCGAGCCAGCCGUGA